AUGGAGGCCCCAAAGAUUGGGACACCUUCAUUGAAGCAGUUGACCGGCGAUGACAGCCGUCAAUAUAAUCACAGCCAACAUGAUCGACGCAACAAGAAAGGCAAAGGCCAGUCAUGGAAGACAUCAGGUUAUAGAGAAAGAAGUCCGAUAAGAGAAGACGCGCGUGCCACGAUCAAUCAGAUCACUCAUCGCAAGGAAGUUAAGAGAGAAAACAGGGAAAAACAGUGGACACCCCUGACAAUGACCCCUUCCGAGGUCCUACCAAGGCCAGCGAUCAAGGGUCAGGUGUUGGCUGAUGUCCUGACAGAGGUACCCGAUGAUAAAGAUAGAGAAUGUAAGGUAAUGGAGAAGCCUGAAAAGCAAUACUCAGAAGAACCAUGGUUGAUAUAUACGGAUGGCGCAUCCAUCGAGGAUGGUGUAGGGGUGGGACUUAGGUUGGUAAGUCCAGAAAAACAUGAGUUCACAUACGCCAUCCGGUUAGACUUCAAUAGCACAAAUGAUGAAGCUGAAUAUGAAGCGUUCCUUGCUGGUUUACGGCUAGCAAUCAAGAUGGGAGUCAAGCAAAUCGAAGCGCAUGUGGACUCCAUGCUCAUAGCUGGCCAAAUCAGUGGUCAGUAUGACGCCAAAGGAGAUGUGAUGGCACUAUACCUAGACCAAGCAAAAAACUUGCUCCAAAACUUCAACUCCUACAAGGUGCAUCACAUUAACAGGAGCGAGAACAAACCAGCAGAUGCACUGAGCAAGCUCGCGUCCACCAGCUUUCAGCAUCUGGCCAAAGAUGUGCGCAUUGAAGUUCUAAGCAAUCCAUCAGUACCAUUAGGAAUACUACCCGAAAACAAGGCUGAAGCAAGAAAAAUACAGUACAAAUCUGAGCAUUACCAAAUGGCUGAUGGCAUUCUGUACAGGAAAUCCUACCUCGGACCGUUACUGAGAUGCGUAGAUCUAGAAGACGCAAAUUAUCUGAUCCGAGAAGUACAUGAGGGCAUUUGUGGCAUUCAUGCCGGUCCCAGAAUGGUGGUAGCAAAGGUAAGGAAUGUGGGUUACUACUGGCCCGGAAUGCAUCUAGAUGUAGUCAAGGUUUUGAGAAAAUGCAGCGGUUGUCAGAGACAUGCUCCAAAAACAAUGCGCCCAAAGAAUGAGCUGGUCCCCGUGACAACGGCAUGGCCGUUCCAGCAAUGGGGGAUAGAUAUGGUUGGUCCUUUUCCAGAAGCCCCAGGAGCAGUGAAGUUUAUCAUAGUCGCAGUAGACUAUUUCACGAAAUGGGUGGAAGCAAAGGCGUUGGCAUCAACCACAUCUACUGUGGUGCGAAGGUUCAUCUGGGAACAAAUAAUUUAUGGUUUCGGGCUGCUCUGA